AUGGAGGAGGAUUAAUCCGAAGUAAAUGAGAGGGAAAAGUGGAACUUUACGUGGGAGGUUUAAAAAUUUAGAAGAGCCUAGCUAUAGGAGCAGACAUUUUAAAUGGGAGCAUACAUGUUUGUCAAACGAUAGAAAACAAUGCGUUCUCCUCAAACAUUGGCGUCUGAUCAAUUAGAAUUGAUGUCAUGAAAUAUUGGGGAAUAUAAAUGUAUGAUUAAAAUUGACUUGCAUGAUUAGAGAAACAUUACACACUUAUCUUCAUAUUUAUAAGUUCAUCAGCAAAACAAUUUCUUCUCACACUGAACAAUCACUCGCACUCUAAAGAGAAACUGGAUCGCACCCUGGCAUCCCCUGAGAGGGUUCAAGUGCGCUUUGUAUUAACUGCUUGGGACUGAUAAGUUAUGACAUUAACUCAUGCUUCAAUUGUUGCUGACAAACGGGCAUUUACAGCUGUGGCAGUGCCGUCCAUUAUGCAACUAUUCAAAUGACGACAGUGUACGACAAUACAAUUAAGCAUCUCUUUAAUUGGGGAGUAUAUCACUUAGUGCAAUCAAGUGUUGUGGUGUUUUUUUUCUGCGUGUGUGAAAUGUCUGACAUAAAAAGUCUUAUCUUCUUGCAAACAGCUCUAUUUUUACUGACGUCCAUUAAUAGUCCCACGUGAGCAGCAAGUUAGUGCUUUAUAUUUAGACCGCGAGGAGCAUGGGCGUUUGCGUCAGUGGAAUCCCGUGAAUGCGUCACUCAUAUGACGUCUGUGGCGAUUGCCACAUGAUUGGCUGUGAACCGGAAACCAGCCCUCCUCUCCUACCACCGUUUUAGGCACGGUCCCGCCUUGUAGUCUCCACAGCGUGAUAAAACAAGCAGCACAUGGAGCGUCCCGCGUGGAUCUGAACUGAUGCGUGUGUGCGUGAGUGUGUGCGCGCGCGCUUGUGUGAGUGGGCGUGUGCAUCAGCGGGGCCUAUAAAGUUUAUCCUUGGAAUACAUGACCAACAUCAGAAUUUGGAUAUUUACGUGAAUCAGCGAUGCCCUGUGUACAAACACAGCACGUAUCCCUGACCCAUGACACCCACUUUGGCUCUGACCUCUUAAACCCUGACCCGGGCGCCAAGUUGGCGAUGGACAUCGGUAGCCAGAAGGAGCAGCUGUCCACGUCGUUGUUACCCAGCAUCAAUACCUUAGUGGGAAGCGGCUACAUAGGGGAGUUUGAUGCUUUUUCCUGCAAGAUUCCCGCCUCGGCUUCCACGUCUACACUAUCGUUCGGCCAGAGUUCAGUCGCUGAAAGUUUGGACUGCCAAAUGCAGAACCAAGCCUAUAAACUGGAUGACCUCCAAGUGUAUGGCUGUUACCCAGGCUCAUUUACACUCAGUUGCAUCGAUGAGACUCUGUCGUCCUGCGGCUCUGACUACUACGGCAGUCCAGGCUAUCCUGCCGCUUCCCCCCCAGCAACGGGCUUUCAGACACUCUGUGCACCUCUAUGGGAUUCCACUUUUAGCACCUACAACUCAGCACCUCAAGCUGAUAAACAGCCCUCGUUUUUCCCCUUCAGCCCCGCACCGGAGCAGCACUCUCCCGUGCUGCCCCACCAUGAUGCUCCAUUCGGUCAGGACGAGGCUUUUUUCAUGUCUCCUCAGCAGCAAGUGUCUUCGCUCCUUUGCCCCGUCAUGUCUAUAGAGCACGGCGCCAGGCUUGUGGAGGGCUCUGCCAAAAUCCACAACCCGGCUCUGAGCGAGGGCCGCUGUGCCGUGUGCGGAGACAAUGCAUCCUGUCAGCACUACGGGGUCCGUACUUGUGAAGGCUGCAAAGGUUUCUUCAAACGAACUGUGCAGAAAAAUGCAAAAUAUGUUUGCUUGGCUAACAAAGAUUGCCCAGUGGACAAGAGGAGGAGGAACCGCUGUCAGUUCUGCCGUUUUCAAAAAUGCCUUACAGUGGGAAUGGUUAAAGAAGUUGUCCGGACAGACAGCCUGAAAGGUCGCCGAGGGCGUCUGCCAUCCAAGCCCAAGACGGUAGCCGAGGCUUCCUCCACCACCCCCAGCGUCAACAUCAUUUCCUUGCUUGUACGUGCGCAUUUAGAUUCCAACCCGAGUAUCGGCAAGCUUGACUACUCCAAGUACCAGGAAACCGUGGACAAGGUAUCGGAGAAGGAGGAUGCUGGUGACAUCCAGCAGUUCUAUGACCUACUAACCGGCUCAUUGGAGGUCAUAAAAACCUGGGCUGAAACCAUCCCGGCAUUCUCUGACUUUUGCGCAGAGGACCAGCAGCUACUUCUUGAGUCUGCCUUUGUUGAGUUGUUCAUCCUACGCCUGGCAAACAGAUCCAAUCCAGAAAAGCACAAACUGAUCUUCUGUAACGGCGUGGUCCUCCACCGACUGCAGUGUGUUCGUAGUUUUGGGGACUGGAUCGACUCCAUCAUGGAUUUCUCCCAGAGCCUUCACCGAAUGAACUUAGACAUCUCUCUGUUUGCGUGCCUUUCAGCCCUCGUCAUCAUCACCGAUCGGCACGGCCUCAAAGAACCCAAACGUGUUGAAGACUUCCAGACCAACCUCAUCUCAUCUUUAAGGGCGCACGUGAGUGGAAACCGAUCGGAAGUGAGCCGAACCCAACCCGGUUAUCUCUCUCGGCUUCUGGGUAAGCUCCCGGAUCUCAGGACUCUUUGCACACAGGGCCUGCAGCGCAUCUUCUACCUAAAACUGGAGAACCUUGUCCCCCCUCCACCUAUUGUGGAGAAAAUCUUUAUGGAUAUCCUCCCAUUCUGAAUCCAAAUGAACUCAUAAGGAGAUGGGAACACACCUUAUAUGAUUUUUGUUCUUUUGCUGGUGCUAAAAAGCACUUUACCUGUCAACUAAUAUAUGGGACCUUAUCUACAGCGGCGAGCUUUAAAGAUGCAUGCAGAAUCUUUACGG